CCACGAUGUGAUCCCUGUCGGGUACAAAGUCUGGACAAUUCUGACCGGGAUGACCUCUCUAGAAUCCUUUGCAACGAUCGUUGAUGUCCGCCAAACACGCAGAUGAGGCCACGAUGCCAGAGGUGGGACUCUCACAUCAUUCGCCUGUUGCUCGAAGUCUUUGAAAUUGAACCAACCCGCGUAGGCGCCACAAGUGCCCUACCACCGAGCCGAUUUUCAGCAUUCCAACUGUCAGAAAACGGGCCAGUUGAUGAAUGAAUCCCUGUCAGUACCAUAAUACUGACGGCCUAGGUACGUCAGAGGUGGCGUCGAAUUUGAAACUCCAGCCUUUCUUCUGCAGUUAGGCCGUCACACGAUGCUUUGUGGUGAGGUUUAAUGACAACGAUAGCAACAACGGCGACCAGCGCUACGAUGAUGAAAGUCGAAUAAUAGCACUCAAGACCUAACCGACCACAACGACGAUGGCGGCCCUCGAGCCUGCUGCUGGGUUCUCGCUCGAAUCACCUGGAGAUCGUCCUGAUGGCGUACCUCUCAAGAAGGGCGAGUAUUCGAUCGCGUCAAGAGCUUUGGCUCUAUCAACAUAUUUCUUGUCGGGGGCGCUUGCUAUCAACCUGACACAAUUCCUAGGAGCUCCUUUGGCCGUGGUCAAUCAAGACUGGUACAAUGCAUGGAUCGCAUUCACCAAGCAGUCUUUUGGACUGCUUACCAUGACUUUGACCCAGACAUUUGCGCCGACCAAAGUCAUUGUCUCUGGGGAUGCAUCUGUUCGUGGACAACUUUUCAAGUCCGUGGAAGGCGAUUUGGUUCUCGACUUCCCAGAGCGUCUAAUACUCAUUGCGAAUCAUCAAAUCUACACCGACUGGCUGUACCUAUGGUGGAUAGCAUAUUGCAAUGGCAUGCAUGGCAGGCUGUACAUCAUUCUCAAAGAGUCUCUAAAGAAGAUUCCGGUCUUGGGAUGGGGCAUGCAGUUCAAUCAGUUCAUCUUUCUAAAACGGAAUUGGGAACAGGACAGGCCAAACAUGGCAAGCGCACUACAACGACUUAACAAACCUGAAGAUCCAAUGUGGCUCUUACUCUUCCCUGAAGGUACCAAUCUGGCUCCGAGUACUCGUGCAAAGAGCACAAAAUGGGCAGACAAGCAGGGUAUCCCCGAUACCAGACAUGUUCUGCUCCCAAGAAGCACUGGUCUACACUUUUGUCUCGAAGAGCUUAAGAAUACAGUCGACUACGUCUAUGACUGCACAGUGGCUUACGAAGGCGUUCCACGGGGCCAAUUCGCGCAAGACAUCUUCACACUCAAGUCUGGCUAUCUUGAAGGCCGGCCCCCAAAAUCUGUGAGCAUGCAUUGGCGCCGGUUUGCCGUCAAGGACAUCCCACUGCACAACGACAAGGCUUUCGAGCUUUGGCUGCUUGCUCGCUGGCGAGAGAAAGACGUGCUGAUUGAAAAAUGGUACCAGACUGGCAGGUUCCCAGCCGAUGCCGGCGCCACCAAGUACAGAUCUGGGAAAGUACUACGAGGUUGCGGACAUAUGGAGGUCCCAAUCCGAGCGAGUCACUGGUAUGAGUUCCUCCAGAUAUUCGCUCCAAUGGGUAUAUUGGCCAUGGUGUUGUACAUCUUCUACGGAGACCUGCCUCAGAAGUUUUGGAAGAGCAUUAAUAAGCAAGCUCUUCAGUCCGGCUCGGAGGAUAUCAAGAGGGCCACUGUGGAAGCUGGGAAAGGGGCCAAAUCCGUCGGAACUUCACUGAGUGGAUUGACGCUUGAUUCAUUCUUCGAUCCUAACCAGCAGAAAGACACUUUCAAGUCAGGCGCCAUGGCGGUGCAAAAGCUGCUCAUGUCGCCAUCGGCGCAAACGCUGCUCAACCGCGCCGACUUUAUGCAGCAAUUUUUGUCGGAUCCGCAAAAGAUGGUCACGGAAGGUAUCACCAGCAAACAACAGAACUUCAUGCAGCAGUUGGCAGAAGAGGAGGGGAGGAGGCAGCAAGGCAGGCUUGCCGCAGCGCCCAGUAACAGUGUCAGACCCGUCGCUAAUGGCGCGAUGGCGAAGAGGGGUUCAUUCUGGUCAGCCCUAGAGGCCGAAGAGAAGAACCGGCAAGGUUCCGUGUCAGGAAAGGGGACGUUCUGGCAGGAUCUCAAAGCUGCAGAACAGAAGAAGAAUGCUCCACCAGUGAGAGUGAACUUCUAUGAUGCCAUGAAAGCAGAGGAGAACAAUCGCUACGGCACAGUUGUCACGGUGUCAAGCAAUGCCUCCACCGCCGUGGCAUCAACCAGAUCGACUUCAACGAAAGCUUCUGGCCCUGCAAAGUUAUCUGGCAAAACGAACACCUCGACCAUGAAACCCGUUCAAAAGGCUGCAACGGCAAAGAAACCUGCUGCCAUCGGACCGGCCAAGAUGCAAAGUACCACGACACCGGGAAUUAAAUCGACACCAACGAAGAAGCCUACCACAUCAGCGCCUCCUGCUGCCGCAAAGCCAGUCAAGCCUCUAACGGUGAAACCCUCAAAGCCUCCGACGAAACAGACACACUCUACAAACGCCGCACCCAAACCUCUCCCGGCCAAGAAGCACGUACAGAAGCCCGCACCAGCUGCAGCUGCCCCUCCGAAACUCAGCAGGACCACCUCAUCUACCACUACGAGCACGACCGCACCGAAGAAACUUUCUGCGCAGAGUAAACCCGCCAGUACUGCCUCCGUGGCGAAGAGUAUUCCGGCUAAGAAACCUGCCACGCAAACACCCUCGACAAACAAGGCCAAGUCCGUGGCGUCGACUCCCUCCACCACAACGAAAGCACCACCCAGGCUCAACGGUAGUGCAAAACCGCCGGCGAAGACCACGGCUGGGCCACCAAAAUUGAAGACGUGAAAUUGUCAGCAAUCGUCGGCCACGCAGAUCGAUGUUCCUGACUAUCCCUGAAGGUGCUGGAUAUAUGUCAAGGGGUAUAUCAGUAUGGUUUCCAUUCCGUUUUCUUGUAGCAUUUACGCCACGAUGAUCAAUUACCCAUGUAUCAUUAGAUUUUACUGUUUGCUGAUAUCAAUACAUUCAUUUGCACUUGGUAAGUUUAUAAGUUACUAUCAACAGACGAUACCCUUAGACAUUUAAAUUGUGGUAUCCAGUAGAUCGACUUGGCGAGAAUGAGAAGUGAUA